UAAAAAGAAUCACCUCUGUAAAAUCAGGAUGGUAAAUACCUUACAGGGUAAUUAGAUUCAAAGCCUAGAGAAUCCCUCUAGGCAAAACCUUAAGUUACAAAAAGACACAAAAACAGGAAUAUACAUUCUAUUCAGCACAGCUUAUUUUAUCAGCCAUUUAAACAAAACAGAAUCUAACACAUAUCUAGCUAGAUUACUUACUAAGUUCUAAGACGCCAUUCCUUUUCUGUUCCCGGCAAAAGCAUCACACAGACUGAGAGAGAGCCUUUGUUUCUCACCCCCUUCAGCUUUGAAAGUAUCUUGUCACCUCAUUGGUCAUUUUGGUCAGGUGUCAGCGAGGUUAUCCUAGCUUCUUAACCCUUUACAGGUGAAAGGGUUUUUCCUCUGGCCAGGAGAGAUUUUAAAGGUGUUUACCCUUCCCUUUAUAUUUAUGACAGAAGCAAAACCUUGAUUUGUCUUUUCUUUCCUGAUUUGGACAAGUUUCUUUUAAUACUCUAAGGCCUGGUCUACAGUAUGCGAUUAUAUCGAAAUUAGCCACAUUCUAUCAAAUUAAAACAAUCCGGCCACACAAUCAACCCGGUUUUGUUGACUUUAAGGUCUCUAAAAACUGGUUUCUGUACUUCACCUCGGCAAGGGCAGUAGCACUAAAAUCGACAUGGCUGUUCGGGAUUUUAGGUACUAUGGAUGCAAUUCGACAGUAUUGGCCUCUGGGAGCUAUCCCAAAAUGGUGCAUUGUGACCGCUCUUCACAGUUGCAACUCAGAUGCACUAGCCAGGUAGUCAGGAAAAGCCCUGGGAACUUUUGAAUUUCAUUUCCUGUUUGGCCAGCAUGGUGACCUGAUUAGCGCAGGUGACCAUGCAGAGUCCACCAGCGCUGGAGACCAUGCAGUCCCAGAUGCGCAAAUGAGCUCUAGCAUGGACCGAGUGGGAGGUACUGGAUCUCAUUGCUGUUUGGGGAGAAGAAUCUGUUCAGGCAGAACUCCGUUCCAAAAAAAAGGAACACAAAGGAACGCAAACAUUUGUGAAAAUCUCCUGGGGCAUGAUGAUUUUUUGGAGGAGGAAGAAGAGGAGGACAGUGCACAGGCAGCAAGCGGUGAAUCUGUUCUCCCCAGCAGCCAGGAACUGUUCAUCACCCUGGAGCCAAUACCCUCUACCCCCUCCCAAGGCGGGCUCGGGGACCAUGACGCUGGAGAAGGCACUUCUGGUGCAAAUGUUUCAACCUGCCCCCUAUCAACUCCAUCCCAGAGGCUGGCCCAGAUUAGAAGGCAGAAAAAACACACUCGGGAUGACAUGUUUGCAGAGCUUAUGCAGUCCACCCGCACUGAUAGGGCACAGCUGAAUGCGGGGAGGGAAACAAUGGCAGAGUCCCGGAACAAGUUCAGUGACUGCGAUGAGAGCAGGCAGGAUGCCAUGCUCAAGCUGAUGGGAGAGCAAACUGACGUGCUCCGCUGUCUGGUUGAUCUUAUGAGGGAAAAGCAGCAAGAGCACAGCCAGCCCCUGUAUAACCGCUCUUCCCUCUUCCCCAAGUUCAAUAGCCUCUUCACCCAGAUGCCCAAGAACACGGGGAGGGAAGAGGCUCCAGGGAUCCACUCAUUCCACCCCAGAGGAUUGCCGAAGCAGCAGAAGGCUGGCAUAUCCUAAAUUUUGAUUUGCAGUGUGACCUUGUCCUUCCCUCCUCCCUCCCCCUGCUUACCCUACCCCACCCCACCCGGGCUAGCUUGUGAUUUA